CUCUCUCCAAACAAGAUCUGUCGCCCCCCAAGAUAUUCCGAAGGUAGUCUACUUGGAGAUUCCCACACAGUCCAUCAACGUCGGAAAGAAGGGGCUCACAGCUUCACAAGCAAAGAGCCAACACCAUGCCGAAUAAUGAGGAGGUCGAUCAGUCUGGUGCUGAACCUUCGAGGUUUGAUGAAGCCAGAAGAUUCCUCCCGAAAGAGCAGAAAGAUGAGGAACUCAUCCGGCUCGCCUUGCACAAGAAUUCCUUUUUCACUUGCUUGGACGAGGAACAAGUACAGAGGUUCAUUCAAGUGGCGGAGGUCAAGCGAUAUUCGGCUGGUGAAACCAUAAUUUUGGAGGGAUGUGUCGACGAGUUUGAAGUGGACCAAGAUGUCAGUGUCGAGCAAGACGGCGUCGAUAAUAACGAGAAUAUCCAAGGAAUAGAGGACCCAGCCGGAACUGAUGAAACGCCGAUAUCAGAAGAAGGCUUUGUGUUGGUAGAAAGCGCAGUUGGCGCUGGGACUGAAGAAGGGGAAGACAGCCAACCCAUGCAUCCAAAAGAAAGAUUGGAACAAGAGGGCCUUAUUACAACAAGGCCACCGCAAUCAGCUACCAGUACAGUGGACUCUUCAGAUGACGAUAGUGAGCAAGAAAGAAUACGACUACCCCUCCAGGAACCAACAAAAGAUGAUUCAACACUAGACAACCGAAACCCCAAAGCAGACAGAGAAAUCCCAUUUCCCCCUCCAAUCUACACUUCCAGCCAAGAUGACAACUUGGAACCACCGCCACCCCGAAGCGGAGUGCCCAGCUACAUUUACAUUGUACGAAGUGGCCAGGCCGAUGUACUGUACAGUCAAAACGUCAACCCAGCAUCUCUGGGUACUGGGACAGUCUUUGGAGAGGGAGGAUUCCUCUUUGGGAGGCAGCAUUCGGCUUCGGUGGUGGCGGCAGAAAAUGAGAAUAUGGAAUGCUUCGUGGUGGAUGCAGCAACGUUUCGCAACUUUGUCUUGCCAAGUGACAACAUGACGAAACUCUACCAACGGCAUGCUAGACACGUUGACAAUGAAACCAAUACACGUUACAUGACAAUGCAAGACUUUGUCCGUUCUUGUCUCGAGCCGCUGCGAGAUGUGGCCCCGUCAUCAGAGCAAGAACGAGAAGAAGUACAAAGCAAUGGUCUUGACGCAUCCAAUGUGCCCAUUCAAGAUCCAUUAGAUGGCGUGCGCAUUGCCAACAUCUUCUACGUUCUGCGCAACAAUCAGGCUCAUCAACAUUUUCGCAGUUUCUCCAAAUUGGAGUAUCAGAAGAUUAGUUUGGCAGACUUUUGUCUGUUCCAUCUUCUCAUGGCACGGCCAGACCCCGAGGUUGACAUUACCUUUCUCUUGAUUGACGAAAGGAAACGAGGUGUCAUCUACAAGGAAGACCUUGCAAAGUUUCUUACAAGAUCUUCCUUGGUCGAUAGUAGUGACUUUACGUUUGAUAUGGACUCGGAGUUCAUUGCUCGCCACUUUGGUGGUGGGAAACAUGGUCAACAAUCGAAGCAACGGGGGAUCAGGCAACAGCAGUUUUCUCAGUUCAUGGUGGACUUGAGGCGCGAGAUCGGGCAGCAAAUUUUUCUGCAAGAGGUGCAAAAGAACGGUACGCCAGAGGGAUACCUGCCGCCAGCGGGUUUUGUCCGGGUGUUGAAGAAGGCUUGUGGCUGGCGCGUUCCCCAAGGGGUGGCAAAUCGACUCGAGACGAUUUAUCAAAUGCAUCCGUCAGACAAGAACGAAAUGGACGACAAUCAUCAGGAAUCAGAGGACUCAACUGAGGCUCAGAUCGAGUUGCGUCGUCCGAGAGAUCACUACUUCUCGUACUGUGACUUUCUGGCCUACCAAGAUGUCCUGGGACAGCUGUCUGGGAUUUGCAAUCUUAUUGAUCGAGCCGAGACCAUAAAGAAAGGCCCAGUCUCUGUCGAUGAUUUCAAAGUUGCAAACCGAGUUCUCGGGAUGGGUGGUCAGUUGAGUCGGCGGCAGGUAGAGAUCAUUUUUCAGCUGUUCGAUCUCAACGGGGAUGGGUUCGUGUCGCAUGAAGACACCGUGGCUGUUGCCGGUGAUGAAUUCAGCCAACGAAUCGAUGCGGUCGCUGGUCGACAAGGGGUUCUUACGUUUGCUCCCCCACCCAAGUACAACAAUGAAGCCGGUAGAAAAAGUACGGAGAGCAACGACGUUUUGACGUUGUUGCAGAACUUCUCGCUUACUUCGAUUGCUGGGUGCAUCGGAGUCUUUGCAUUGGCACCAUUGGACCUAGUCAAGACACGGUUGAUGAACGAGAGGGUUGCGCUCAAUGGCCCUCGAAUGUACCAAGGUUCUGUGGACUGCUUGCGGGUUGCCAUGGUUUCAGAGGGCUAUUCUGCACUCUACCGCGGCCUUCUGCCUCAGCUAAUUGGUGUAGCACCUGAGAAGGCCAUAAAGCUCGUGGUGAAUGACUUGCUGCACCAGUCUUUGGGUGUCGGCGAGACGGAUCAGAAAAGAACCGCAACACACUUUCUAAAGGAGAUGUUGGCUGGCGGAUGCGCAGGAGCAUGUCAACUGCUCGUAACUAAUCCGACUGAAAUUGUGAAGAUUCGAAUGCAGCUCCAGGGAGAGACAGCUAGGCUCUUGAGGGCAAAAGGGUAUGAUAACCCCGUUCCUCAAUCGCUGCAAGCUGUAGUCAGGAAUCUCGGCUAUUCCGGACUCUUCAUGGGUGCGAGGGCUUGCCUGCUGCGUGACAUUCCGUUUGGAGCCAUUUACUUUCCGACAUACUCGUUCUUGAAGGAAAGCUUUUCAUCAGGACCCGAAGAUACGUCGCCAUCGACAUCAGCCACCAAUUUGCUGCUAGCGGGGACAAUUGCAGGAGUGCCUGCAUCGUUUCUGACGACCCCCGCCGAUGUCAUCAAGACUAGACUCCAGGCGAUUCCAAGGCCAGGAGAGGCAGAGUAUGCGGGAAUCCGUGAUUGUUUCACCAAAGUCUACAACCGAGAGGGUCCAGCUGCAUUCUUUAAGGGAUGGGGAAUGAGAGUGGCAAGAAUAUCACCUCAGUUUGGCAUCUCCCUCGUGGCCUAUGAGCAACUCUCACAGCUUCUGGGAGCCAAAGGUUUUCUUCCACCAACGACUGUGCCCGUGAAUCCAAAGGAUUACUGGGAAGCCUUCCCGACAAGAGCUAUCAAAAGCAAGAGCGACGACACCGACCGGCUCCUAAAGAACCUGGGCGCAAACUCACUACGCCCUGGUGGUCCUUGGAACAACUAAGACUUGGCUUGACUGAGGAUACUCUACGCCUUGCUAGCUAGCGCUUAACUUGGGCCGCCCCUUUGGGAUACCGUACCCAUACCAAAUAACGAUAGCGUUCACCGUUGGAAUUGAUGCAAUGUCCCAACAGAAGAAGCCACCAAUAGGGUUGAUCUCGAUAGUCAGAAACCUGUAGGUUCAUGGGCACGCCCCAAGGUCAUGCUCGAACAAGGUCAACUGCGGUACCAAGGCACAGAAUUCUGACGGAAGACUACCAUAGAGGGCACACCCGCUGAUAUCAAAGAAUUGGAGUGCGGUAAGUCGGCCAAGUUCUGUUGGCAAGGUCCCCGCAAGCUCAGGAUUGACUUGAAGAUAUAAUGAUCCCAAACCAAGUUGUGGACAGCCGAGAAAUCUCAGUUGGGAUGGACCCUCGUAACGAGGUGUAACUAAUCGUCAAAACAUUCAAUGAUGUACAUGUCCCAAUCUCUGUGGGGAGGGUUCCGGCUAGGCUGUUGGCACCAAACAAAGAUAAGUGCGUCAUCAACUGGGAGAUGUAGGAUGUACCGAUGUGUGAGCUGUAGGCUGUGGCUUUGUGAUGGGUGGGACACAAUGUCCAUCAGUUACCUGCAAAUUUCCAAUCUCGGAUGGCAACUGUCCUGAUAGUUGAGAAGAUUCCAGAUACAAGUUCGACAGAGCAGACAUCAUGCCAACCUCAGAAGGAAGACUUCUGCGACAAUACCAUUGUGCAUUGAUUAAUCUAGGGAUCUAAGAGAUGUAAAGUUUGUAUUUCCAAAUAAGUGAGCAGUUAUUGAUUAUU